AAUGGUGGUUGCCAGGGACUGGAGGAAGGGGGAGUGGGGAGCAGUCACUUAAUGGGUAUAGAGUUUCAGUUGGGGAAGAUGAAACAUUUCUGGAGAUAGAGGAUGGUGAUGGUUGCACAAUAAUGUACUUAACAAUGGGUAAGAUGAUUUUGUUAUUUUACCACGAUUUUAAACAUAAAAACAAAACAGAGUGCCCAUAAUGUUCUCUUGUACCAAGUGGUGGAUGCACCUUCUAAAACAGGUAAGAGAGGAGGUAAAAGAUGUUUCCCCAAUCCUGCCUGUCUCAGCCUGUCAGUUCCACUUGUCCUGCCCAAAUCCUCAGUUCUCUUUGUACCGUGUUCACUUACUUUUCAUCAAAUGCCUAUUCAGUGUAGGCCUUGAGCCAGUACUGAGAGUGCAUUCUCUAGGGGCCAGGCCAUUUACCAGCUCUCUCUCAUCCACUCCAUUUACCUUCCUCCAGCCAAUCCCCAGUCCACACAUUUUCUGCUUUCUUCUCUCACUCAACAUCCAUUAAAAAAUAUAUAUAUAUACUAUCUUAAUCCAUUUGAGCUGCUAUAACAAAAUACCUUAGACUUGGUAAUUUAUAACUAACAGAAAUUUAUUGCUUACAGCUUUAGAGUUGGGAAGUACAAGAUCAAAGCCCCAGCAAGGGCCCAUUCCUCAUAGAUGAUGCAUCCCCUAUGCUGCUGUAUCCUCCCAUGAUGGAAGGGCAAAAGAGGCGAACAGCUCUCUCACACCUCUUUUAUAAGGCCACUAACCCCCUUCAAGAGGGCUCCACCUCAUGACUUAACCACCUCCCAAAGGCUCACCUUGUAAUACUGUCACACUGGUGGUUACGUUUCAACAUAUGAAUUUGGGGGUCAGAUCAUAGCAAAUACUUUUGAUUUAUAUUUAUUUUAAUUUUAAGAGAGGGUUAGAAGGGGUAAUAGGUGGAGUUUUCUAAAGAAAAAGCCAUUGCUUGAGUGACUCUAAGGGCAGACACCAACAAGCCAUCCUCUAAUUAGACUAAAAAUAUGCAACAGCAACAAACAACCCUCAAAUCUCUGUGACUUAACACACCAAUAGUUCACUGUGUGCUCACAUUACAUGUCCACAACAGAUCAAGAGGGUCUGCUCCACGUGGUCACCUAGGCUUACAGAAGCUCCACCAACUAGAAUGCAGUCUCCAUGGUACUUACAGGAGGGUAGGAGAGUGGAGAAUUACAGAUUGGCUUUUCAUUGUCUCAGCCUGGAAGUAACCUACAUAGCUUCCCUUUACAUUUCAUUGGUCAGAAAGAACCACAUGGCCCUGCCUACCUGCAAAUACUGUAUCUGUGAAGCCCAAUUAUCUUUGCUAUCGGUUUUUUACUCGGUGCUCUCACUGAACCAAUAGUGAAAUUGUGACUGUUUCUUGUGAAUCUACUCCCCUCCCUGGACUCUAAUCUUUAAGAGAGGAGGCCUCAUAUUACAUAUCAUGUUAACUUUGGUGCCUAGCACAAGACUGGUGCCCAGUGAUUGUGGAGUGAAUGAACAAUGGGACAAAGUAAAGGUGAACCUAAAGAAAGGUGAAGGCAGUGCCUGGGAGGAUCAGUUUAGAAGGAAUUUCCCUAUCUGAAAAAUGAAGCAGGGAAGGCCGAGAACACAAUGCUAUCAGUUUUAAAAAUGAAACCAAACCUCACUGAAUAGAGUGGACAGUCUGUGUGUAACACAACUCAUUGUUGGGGUGGGUUUCCAUCAACAGCAAAACAGACUGCAUAUGUAGAAGAAAGGGAAAAUAGGACCCCCAGGGGCACUAAGUGGCUUUGGAAAAAAAAAAAAAAAAUUCCCCUGGUCUUAGAGCAGCCUCAUGAAUAAACUAGGCACAGAAGUCUGACUUCCCUCUCAUAAAUUUUUGGAGCUAAGAGGGACUAACGUGCAAUUCCUGGGUCAUCAUGGAAAAACCUUGACUUACCCAACUGUUUUUGUUUUUUUUCUCUUGUAGAAGAAGAAAGGAAUUAAUCCUACAGAAUUGCUUCCUAUUUCAAGUCAGUUUUAUUGACCUCGCUUUGCAAAAUAAGUGGGUUCAUCUGGAUUCUAAAGAUAUUUAAGGAUACUUUACGUUAUAAGUAGGAUGACUAUCCAUCCAGGUUUGAACCUGCUGUUCAUGGUUAAUUUAUUAAUAGCAUGUCUCACAGUUCAUUCACAGAAAUGCUUGGAUAUGGCCGAUAAAUUGAAACGUCAUUCUAGUUAACAGUAACAUUUUUAACUGACUGGAGAAAGGUGACUUGGAGUUCUAGGAAGGGACAGAGAACAAACAUUUCCGUUGGCUCAGCACGCCCAGCCUGUAUUGGGCUGGGCACCUUAGCGUACCUGUUUCAGGACUGCGAUACUGGCGUUUUGCUGGGAGUAGCCCAGGUGUUUUAACCACUUCCUGAAAAACAAGGUCCGGUAAAAAGAGGCUGGGAGUAGGCGUGGGCUCCUGUCCCUGCCAUAUGCUGUCUUCCUGAUCUUGGGAAGUCAUUUCAAGCACCUGAUCAGUUUCCUUAUCUGUGAAACUGGAGUAAUAACGUUUCCCUCCAAACGCUGUCUUAUUUAAUUCAUUUAACAGCAGCCACUAUUAUUCCAUUAUACAGACGAAUAAAUAGACGUUAUGAGGGGGCAAACUGCGCUGAUCAAGGCUCAUAAUUCUAACAGCUACUGUUUAGGAGCCAAGUACUCAAGCAGCCUGUGCACAGUCUCUAAUUUCUAGAAGAGAAGGCGGAUACUUGGAGCGAUAACUUGAACAAGGUCAUGGAACUCAUAAAUGGCUUGAGAAAGGCUGAUCCUAGGAAGUCUGGUUCAGAGCCCGCGCUCUCACUGCAUAAGGCAUAUUUCAAGGGAGGAACGGGCAAGCAUCUAGCCCUACUCUUGGGACUUCACAUCCAGUGCUCUUUUCCUCUUUUCGUUACACUGCACUGCUGGUCAGAAACCCAUCGCGGAAGCGGAUCAAACACAACAAAGGGCAGGGGGCGUUGGAAAAACUGGCGAAGUCGCGCAGACCGAGAUGACCCGCCGGCCCCAACAAAUCACCAGUGGCCAGUAUCGAGUGUCCUCCUGCCUUCAGCCUGGAGGCCAAGUCACCUUUUAGAGUUCCUCUCUUGGCGGGGAGGAAGCCCCCUGGUCCGGCUAAGAGCUUACGUAAUGCCCGCGAGCGGCUGCGCCCCGGUCUCCCAUGGGUGUGCGCAGAGCCCCCGGCCCGGGGCAGGCCUUCCCCUGUCGGCUUCCCCAGUCUCUCGGCCCACGACCAUGGGGGGGAUCCGUGACCACCGGCCCCACGCCGGUGGCGUCCGCGUUGGGCGGCGGCGUCCCCCGCAGCCACCCAGCUUCCCGGGGGAGGAGCAGCGCAUCGCGCAAGCAUCCGGGAGCGGCGGAGGGGGCGGGAGGAAGGACGAGAGGAGGAAGCGGGAUUUAAACGAAAGGCGGUGACGCCACACAAAAGAUUUCUAUAGGCUCCAGGGAGGUUACGGCCGAGGCGGCGGCGGCGAGCCCGGGGGCGAGGCGCGGACGGGAAGAGGAAAAACCUCCGGCAGACCCUGCGGGCGGCGGCACAGCCACGGCCGCGCUCCGAGGUGAAGCCGCGCGCGGAGAGGAAGCGGGUGUUUUUCCCUCUGCCUUUCGGCCCCCGCCCUUCCUUUCAGUUUCUCCCCGCUCGCUCGGAAGUUGGCGGUUGACAAAAAUGGCAGGAGCCGGGGCCGGGGCCGGUUGCCGCAGCGCCGCGGGGACCUUCUGAGUUGGCCCAGUCGCAGGGAGACUCGUGCAGGGGCGUCCGAUGCGCGGGGCCCGGGGUCUCGGGAGAGCUCAGCCGCUGCGGGCCCCAGACGAGGAGGCGACAGGGAUGGACUCGCGUCGACAGCCAGCGGCGGGCCGCCGGGCGCGCGGUCUGGGAGGGCGUGCCGCCGCGGCGCCGGGCCGCGCGCUGUGAACCGGCGAGGCGGGAAGGGGCCGCCGCGGCGCUCGGCACGCCCGGGCGUGGCGGGCGGGCGAGAGCUUGAGAGCGAUCCGGGCGGCCGCUGUGCGCAAUCAGUGCAGGCUCCCGCCCGGCUCUGACUCGGCGCGGCAGCGACAGCGCGGGCCACACCCUCUGCCCUGCUGCCGCCGGCGCCGCUUCCCGAGAGCGGGGGGCAGGAGAUGCGCCCGGGGCGGCCGCGCGUCUCGGAGAGCCAGCCCCGGCCGCCGUCGCGGGGAAGUGCCGCCUUGCGGGGUCACGGCGCCUGAAGCCCACGUGCGCCGCCAAGCCCGAGGUGGCCUCGAGCGCGGCGGCUGACAGCAGAGUCUGCCUGUGCUGCCUCCCGCGCUCCUCCCCGAGGAAAGGAUUUUGAUUUCAAAGGAAGGAAGGAAGGACAACUCCCAGCUUCCCCGUCCCGCCCUCACCUCUCCGAGGGCCGGGCCAGGCCAUGCCCAGGAAGGCGGCGGCGGCGAACCAGCAGAAGGGACUUUCCUGGCCUCCCGGAGACGAGGAGCGCGGACAGUGAGUUUGCUCUGCCGCGGUUCAUGGUUCCUGCAAGCCCUCUAGGAGGCCGAAAGCUGCAGCCCCUCCCCUUGCCCCGAAGAGCCUUCCGCGUUCUCUGGCCCUCGGGCCCACCCCGCGCCGCCCGGGCUCCCGCCGCCGCAGCCCAGUGCCUUCUGCCCGCGGCGGUGGAUGGCAUGAUGGUGCGAGGAAGGCACCGCGGCCUUGGCCAGCUGAGUCGCGACGGCCGCCGGGGCGGCGGCAGUGGCCGCGGCAGCGACGGUGGUAGCGGGGUCCCCAGCGGCAUGCCAGUGCCCCCCGGGCGCGAUGGCUAGCGGCAGCGCCGGGAAGCCCACUGGCGAGGCGGCUUCUCCGGCUCCUGCGACCGCCAUCGGCGGGACCAGCUCGCAGCCGCGGAAGAGGCUGGUAUCCGUCUGCGAUCACUGCAAGGGCAAGAUGCAGCUGGUAGCCGACCUGCUGCUGCUGUCGAGCGAGGCGCGGCCAGUGCUCUUCGAGGGCCCUGCCUCCUCUGGUGCCGGCGCCGAGUCCUUCGAGCAGUGCCGGGACACCAUCAUCGCGCGCACCAAGGGGCUCUCCAUCCUCACCCACGACGUGCAGAGCCAGCUCAACAUGGGCCGCUUCGGGGAGGCGGGGGACAGCCUGGUGGAGCUGGGCGACCUGGUGGUGUCGCUGACCGAGUGCUCGGCCCACGCGGCCUAUCUGGCGGCUGUGGCCACGCCGGGCGCCCAGCCGGCGCAGCCGGGCCUGGUGGACCGCUACCGCGUGACGCGCUGCCGCCAUGAGGUGGAGCAGGGUUGCGCCGUGCUGCGCGCCACGCCGCUGGCCGACAUGACGCCGCAGCUGCUGCUGGAGGUGUCGCAGGGCCUGUCGCGCAACCUCAAGUUCCUGACGGACGCGUGCGCCCUGGCUAGUGACAAGUCACGGGACCGCUUUUCGCGCGAGCAGUUCAAGCUGGGCGUCAAGUGCAUGAGCACCAGCGCGUCGGCGCUCCUGGCCUGCGUGCGCGAGGUGAAGGUGGCGCCCAGUGAGCUGGCGCGGAGCCGCUGCGCGCUCUUCAGCGGGCCCUUGGUGCAGGCAGUCAGCGCCCUAGUAGGCUUCGCCACCGAGCCGCAGUUCCUGGGUCGCGCGGCAACUGUGAGCGCCGAGGGCAAGGCGGUGCAGACCGCCAUCCUGGGCGGCGCCAUGAGUGUGGUGUCGGCCUGCGUGCUCCUGACCCAGUGCCUCAGGGAUCUGGCGCAGCACCCCGACGGGGGCGCCAAGAUGUCGGACCACAGGGAGAGGCUGAGGAACUCGGCCUGCGCCGUGUCUGAAGGCUGCACCCUGCUAUCUCAGGCUUUAAGGGAGAGGUCUUCGCCCAGGACUUUACCGCCAGUGAAUUCCAAUUCUGUGAAUUAGCACCCCACCCCCAUACCCCUUCUUCCACCCCCAGACUAAAGGAAGAUACUUACUCUGCCCCUCACCAUUUAUACCAAAGAAAUCAUAGGUGAAACCCCCUACCCUCCCCAACAUUAAAUGCUCGAGAGGAAUCUUAAGGCAGGGCCAUGCACACAACCUGCACACGCACUUGGAGGGCCCAGGUGUCUGUCCACCAGGCCCCACGCAGUAGGGACUGGAAGAUGGAAAAUGUGUCAUCUGGUUGCGUUAUCACUCCCGCCCCCUACCCCAGCCCGUCUUCCGGAAUUUCUCAACUAAGUUUGAUUAUUGGGCAGGAAGGAGGUCAUGGGUUCAUUUCAUUUUUUUGUGUUUUUAAUUAAAAGAAAGGUUACCUCAGUUUUCACUCCUUAGACAUGGAUGUAGCUACCUUUUUUGUAUGUCUUUUUUUUUUUUUUAAGCAAUCGUGUUGAAUUAGGAGUAUACUUAGUGUGGAAAGGGUAUGAAUUUGCCAUGUGAUUUGCAAAUGGGGGGAAGCUACUGUGAGUGUGUGUUUUUUUAAUUUACACUAUAGAGUGAUUUUUUUCCCCCAACGUCAAGUUUUUACCUUGCAUGUACUGGAGUAUUUAUUUCAUCUAUUAAAAUGUUAUGUUUCUCAGAUGGCUUUUUGCAAUUAUUGUUGAUUUUUCAAUAAUUGUAAUUUUGCAUGCUGUGUAUCAUGUAUGGGAAGGUUCUGUGGGAAGGCUAUUUCAAUAGUAGUGAGGCAGGCCCCCAGUUCCCAAGCCUUUCUCCUUUUUCCUCAAGAAAAAGUACUGCUCAAGAAGUACUCGCUUGAGCAGCCUAGAGCUGAAGAGAUGACUAUGCAUAACAUUCUAUUUUCAAAGGCAGGUGACACAAAUGGGGUUGGGUUAUGUAGAGUGCUUGGGACGGUUUUGUCUCAUUUUUCCUGGAAAGUGAUUUAGCUCCCUUUGUCUCCACUUAUCUUUCCAUCAUCAUGAACAGUGGCUCAGGCUGCUUGAAUUCUGAUUUGUAUUCUGCCUAUCAUUUUUAGAUUAAAGCGCUUCCUAAUCCUGUGUGGUAUGCCAGCCUUCUCAACUCAGAGUCUCUAUGGAUGGAACUGUAAAAGUACUGUAUAUCAAGUGAGAAUAGUUAGCAUCUUUUAUGUACACAGGUCUAUUCAGACAAGAUCCUCAUGGUUUCAGAAAAGAUAUAGAGAGGGUCCUAGACUGCUUAAUAGAGGAAAGAAGUAUCACGGAAAGCUUGUUAAGAACGUUCUAGAGCCACAACAUAAUUGUAGGCCAAGGGCUUAUUUUUGUGACCUUGAUCUAAGAUAAUGCCAUGGUUGAUUGUGUGUUGGAAGAAUCUUUUCAUUGAAAUUUGGAGUAAUAUUAAGGUAGUUUUUUUUUCUGUAGACAUUUUUAGGAGUCUUUUUGUGUGAGUGGUGGUGGAGUGUGUAGUUUUGUUGAACCUAGUUAAAUUCUGAAUAUCUUCCCACUAAAAGCACAACAAAUCUAUUUACAGUGCCUGAAGCCUGGGAGGGCCACAUGAGUAAAAACUCGUACGUGCUUUAGAUUUGUUCCAUUUACAUUUUUCUUGGGAUUUGUUGUGCUUAAACCUUUGCAGUUCUCACAGAUCUGAAAAGAAAGCAUUUUUUACUGUAAUACAUUAAGAGAGAGAACAAAGUCAUAUUGACUGUUUUAUUUGUUUGAAUCGCUGUUUUUAUUACAAGGACAUGAAAUGCAAUGUGUAAAAGUCUUCAACCUGUGUUGGGUAAGGCUAGGACUGUUUCACCGCCCCAAAUUUGAAAUUUGAAAAAGUCUUAAAGUGGUAGGGUACUUAACAUUUUUGAAAAAAUGACUAUGGGAGCAGUUUUUCUCUCUUAAAUCCUGGUAAAUUUUGGGUUUUUGAAGGCUUUAAAAAAUGAAAAUGACCUUGAGCAUCUUUAUUCCUCUCCUCUGCCCUUUAAUGUUGGGAUGGGGUUCAGGAUGAAAGGGAGGUGGGAUUCUAAUUCAUGUGCCAGUGACAAUCCUGCAUGCAUAUAGAAAGUUUUAUUUGUUGAAUGUACACAAGUAAUGAUAGAGUUUGAUUAUAUGGUUGAUUUUCAUUUAUCCUGUGCCGAUCACAGAGUAAACUGAAAGGAACAAACGUUAAGUAAAAUAAGGGCCAGGAAUCUGUAAAUUUGAUAUUAGAUUAAGAAAAAAGGAAUUGCCAGUUUUUUUCCUGGACUCUUUCCUUGCAGAAGCAAUUUUCAGGACAACUCAAGCCA